CAGUUCAUAGCGCUAUGUGAUCGUAUAAUGUUCCUCAUGCUGGAUAAGGAAACUUGUCACAAUCGACGUAUUAAACGUACUUAUGAUCCUCCAGACAUGCCUGGCUACUUUGAGAAAGUCGUAUGGCCAGCGUAUCGGCAACAUUUAUCGAAUGCUCUGUAUUCCGCCAGAAGGAAUUGCCGGAUCUCAUUUCUAGAUGCCAGCACUACAUCGGAGCGCCCUGAUUUGAAAUUUAUGAAUUCGUUGAUCCAGUCUUUCCUUGACGAUGCUGUGCACUUUUGCUACGAUGCUUCGGAACUUGAAGAGUCUGUGCGACUUUUCACAAGCGGGUCUUGCGAAAGUCCCUCAGUGUUCGUUAGAACUACUCCGGACACAUUGGAUGGCAGGAGUGUUUUACAGAUAGAGUACGACAUUGAUGACGAAUUCGCAUAUAAGGAAUUGCAAAAGCUUUGCCGAGGAAUACGGGAUGCGUACCCCGGCGUGAAACGAGUAGGAAUUUUUCACAGGAUUGGUGAUGUAUCAGCGGGCGAAAAGUUGUUUCGAGUUGCUAUCUCUUCUUCGCAGCAAAGUGAAGCUUCGAAGGCCGCCGAAAUGGUUGUCAAUGAAUUUGAUAGAUUGUCAUUAAUUCGUGAAAAG